AGUAUACCCGGUGAUGGCGAUGAUGUGGUAGUGCGUGAUUUGAGAAUAAAAUAAAGCUCCCAGCAAUUGGAACUACAGGUUGGCAGCUAAACAUCACCCACUGGAGUCGUAAUUAGUGCGAGGAAAGCUAAGUUCAUUUGCCACUCGGGUGCAAUAUACUACUUUGCUUAUUAUCUUUCCCCGUUUGUCGAUGACUCAGUAAAAAAAGAGACGAAGACACACGCCCCAGCAUCAGCAGCUGCGGUUGUCAGGAUGGUGCUGAAACUUGAACUGCUGAGUCCAUCGAAUCUUCCCACGACCGCAGGCGCAAAAGCAGUGGAAGAACGCUAGACGUUGAAGCACAUCCAAUAUUAGUGGGAACGUUUUGCAUCUUGCAGCACGUAGCAAAACGGACGGCGUAUGCCAAAUGAACAUUGUUCGAAUUGUUGUGCAUGAGUGCUGACGAGAACGGCUUCAUCCAUCACUGCACACAUUCCGAAGCAUCCUGCUGCACCAAAGAGGGUGUGAGAGAUACCGCAAAUGCAUCUACAACUGUCAGGGUGCAUCGCAGGAUUCAGUGUACCACAGUGAGCCUUUGGGGGAACAGGUUUAAGCAACGCAAUAUCAUUCAUCAGUGCGGUCGUCAUGAAUAAAUCAUUGCAACGAAUUACCUUCCUUCGGACAUCCGAGCGCCGAGAUGGAGCGGACCGGCCAACAGUAUGGCCGGGUUGCGUACUGCCCGUACAGUGACUCCAGCUCGUCGGAGCUGCAAUCUUACGUGCGUCCGUUCGACACGGUACGAGCAUUGCACGAAACAGUCGUGUCUCUGCGUACGGCUCUCGAGGAGUCACGCCGUGAAGUAGAUCAGCUACGGCAGCAGAUAACCGUUCGGGAAACGGUUGAGCAAGGAAGAAUCAGUGCCGGAUUUAGGGGCAUCGAGCUGUCUGACGGCCAAAGAAAACAACAGUCAACUCAUGGUGUUGAAAUACCAUCCACAUCAGGGAUUUUGAAGCCGCCAGCAAAUUUUAAUGCUAGUCGUGAAUCAUGUGAAGAUAUCUCAACAACUGCUGUGGAGGAUAAAAAAUCAAAAAAAUUAAAGAAACGUAAAGUUAAAGCACAUCCAACAUCAAUAGAUGAGAGCUGCUCGAGUCCACUGAUCGUAGAAGAAGAGGUCAAAAGGAUAGAAGAUCCAGUGCGAUCGAAAAAGACAUCGCCCAAAGAUGUUAGCUCUGCCGCACAUCAGAAAGUGUCCGUAGUUCCCGACAUACAGAUAGUUUCGCACCCUGGUGGUGGGCCACAUUCUGCCAUGGCGUCACGAAUAGAUGUAAAGAUCAAGGUGUCUUCUAACAUCAACAUGGACGGCAGCAGUUCCGAAGCAGAAAGUUCUGAAUGUCAGAAAGAUUCUCCAACAACGCCCGAUGCCGCAGCAGACCAUACGCCAGAUGACGAGGAAAAAACGAUUGCAGAACCCGUCGAACGUGGAGCGGAUGAUGAUGUGACGGUACGUGAGCAAGUACUGAAGGCGGAUGGUGCAGAGAACUUGCGUGUGAGCGUCGUAAAUGAGGAACACUUGAGUGUGAGCAAAAGUUCGGAAGCGAUCAGCAUAAAGCAGAUAUCGUCGGAGAACUUGCAUGUGGAUACGGAUCGUCAAUCGACGACCUCCAUCUCGGAGGGAGAUAAUUCGGUAUUUGCGGAAGAUCCUGCUACAACCCAGCCGGAAGGGGAGUCACACGGAACUGGACCCAUUACGGGUAGUUACACGUUGGCUGACCCCUCCAGUGAUCCUCGGCGGAGAAUUAAGAAAAGUGAGUCGGAAAACCAAGAGGAAGUGGACGAUAUCGAAUUGAUUUUCUCGUCGGAUGAUAAUGCGAAAGACAUCACGCAGGAAGACCUAGUGUCGAUAUCGGAUUACGAACCAUGGCACGAGGCGGGUCAGUCGGGUACUCCGGUACUAGUGAGCUUCACUAAUUUGGGGUCUGAUGCAGACAAGCUGAGCUCACUCGAGCGCAGUGAAAGCGAGCCGGUCGAAGGCUAUGAGCUAGAGAAGGGUAAAAGUCUCGAAAGUCAAGACUCACUCAGCAUGGACAAUAAGAAGAAAAGCAUGGACUUUAGCACAAAGUCGUCCAGUUUGGAGAAGGACUCGAGUAUGGACUAUGGCGCGUCCGGUGGUACUGUAAUUCCCGCACUGUGUCGUGCAUCUAGCAGCCAGGAUGACGAUGGUAAGCAGAGCGAUAGUUUCGAUGUCGCUGGUUCGAAUCCUCUGAUGGCCGCAGGUGCACUGGGCCGCCGUUGGACUAACUACAAUGUGCUGAUCGAAACGGACAUCUCCAAGUGUGGCAUCACGGAGGAGAACAUUUUGGAGAUGGGUCGUCGCAACACUUGCCCAAAUCCUCCCGCCUAUCGUCCCAUCAUUCAUCCCGGCAGUCGUAUGCAAUCGACCGGUGCUAGCACCAAUCGGAGCCCGCUAGCAGUGAAGUUCUCCCGUUCGCCACGCACCUACUCACCGCAUCAGUAUCUGCCACCGGGGAAAACACUCCGUACCGUGAUAGCGGCUGAAAGUGGCGUUCGGGGAGUGACCGGUGACGAGGUUAAGCGCUCCCAGGCAGCACAAACCGAUAUAUCUGCCCUGGCCCAACAAUGGCGCUCCGAAACCCACCUGACCGGUUCCGAGUACGUGCCGGGGCUGUAUACACUACCGUCGAAGUUCGUUCCACCGACACCCGGUGGAAAAGGUAAAUUCCCACUCAGACCGUCGGAUAAGACGCAGGAAGCGCGCCGGGUGCUGUUGAGCGAUAUUAACUUUACCAGCAUGGUACCGGAGCUGUCCCGAUCGGCCGAUCACCUCUGUCAGCAUCAGCAGGACGAGAACGGCGACCCGAACCGGUCGCCCAACUACUGCAAGGGAAACCUGCUAAGAACACCGGAAGCCACCAAAGGCAUUCCACCCAGCUUCAGCAUGACAUCGCCGGGUGUAUCGCAGUGGACGGUAAACGAGAGCAGCAUUGCCACCCAAACCACCCAAACGGACGCACUGUGGACGAAUCGGGGUGAUUCGUUCGACUCGUCGAAAAGCUACUCGGCCGGUUCGCGCUAUUCCACGCUCAGCAAGCACCAUCGCUCGCGUAGUGUGCCCUCGAUGCGCUGUGCCAUCUGUCGGCAAACACACCAAAACACUGCGCUGAGACCAUCGGAAAGCAUGCACUAUACACCGCGCGUCACCUUUCAGGAGCAGCCGGUACACAAAAUCCGCGGUUCACUGCCCGACUUGCGGCACGAUUGCAACUGUCCGCGCCGGUACGGUGGUCCAUCGCUGUACAGGAUCCAUGGUGAUUCGGGCGGAUCGACGGACAGCUUGCUGGAGGAGGCGGAAGAAUUCCUUCGCCGGUCGCUCGAGGGUGGCAAUAUGCUUGCGAUGGAAGAUUCGCUCGGCCAGCUUGACGUCGGUGUACCGCCACCGGCAACGGCUGGACUAUUGCCACACGUAACCUUUCAUGCUGGACAUGCAGGCCACGCACAUCCAUCGCUGCAUCAUCCAACCGCAAAACACCGACGGUGCUCGGAAAAUGACAUUCAGAGGGACUACAUUCCCUCCAAGCAAGCGCUACCAUUUUUGCCAAAAACGCCCAAAUGUCUCAAGCCGGGCCAUCUGGCGAAGGUUAUCUCACCCAACGGGCGCGUCAUAGUCGGCCGGGUACGGUACAUUGGUCCCGUAGCCGGGACGGACACCGACGACACAUACGUUGGGCUGCAGUUGCCGAACAAUUUGGGCGACUGUGAUGGCACUAUCGACGGGAAGCGAUUUUUCGAGUGUGAACCACUGCACGGUAUCUUCGUGCCGUUUAAGAAGGUCGUCAUGGCAUGGAACUCAUAAAACUAAAACACAUCUACGCAAAGGAUCAUCGUGUGUGGACCGAAUAGGCUUGCAUAUGCGCUUGAGUGGACGAAAAGAUGAAAGCUAACAACAUGAUGAAGAUUAGCGAACCAACAACAGUAGACGAAAGGAAACGAACAGGAACGCACCGUUGUGAUACAGGGAAAACGAAAUGAUUGAUUGUUUGCCGACUGGGCAAAAGCAGGAUCGAUGAAAAUGAUGUCAGGAACACAAUUAUUAAAAAUAUGCUCUGGAAGGACUACGCGAGUGAAGAACACGGUAGACUACUGAUAAAAUGGAGAUAAAUGAUAGUAAAAGAUCAAUGUUAUUACACCGAACAACGCUGAAAAUAUUUGACGAGGCGCGUUAGUAAAAGGAGAUCAAUUUUCCUGGAAGAAAACGAUUGUUAAACUCACUACAGUUGCGUAGUGAUGUUACAUUUAUGUGUGACUACUUUAAAAAGGAGUAGGAAAAGUUGAAGCACAGAAAAUCAUACAAAAAGCAGCAACUUCCGAUCUAAAUGUAGUGGUGAUGUUAAGCGACCUUAGUACAUUAAAGCCUCCUUUCUCAACAGACACUUAGUAGCUGUGCCGUGCUAUCGGAUUAGAACAAUAGAAUGUGUUCUAUUUUUGAUAUCGGUGUUUGUAGUACCCUUCACCCCAUACGACGAUAGGAUGCAAUCUCCACAAAGCUCAAACCAUUGUUGUUAUCCCGUUUAUAUGUGUGUACAUGUGAGUUCGCAUGUUAAGCGAACCUUUUGGGAAAUUUGGUAAGAGAUGUAAAACAUAAGAUUCAAGUCGCAAGGUUUCGAUCAGGUGAGAAUUCAUUGCGAAGAGUGCAGAAAAAAAGGAAAAGAAAAUAUUGGCAAAAUAUUUGUAACUAUUUAUAUAACAUGUUGAUACAGUAUUAUACUCUGUACAAUUUUCUAUUAAUGCCGUUUGAUACGAAACAUUAAACAUUGUAUUGCAAAGAGUUAUUUUUUUAUUAUGUGUAAAAUCAGUUUUUAAAUCUUUAUUUGUAAUAUUGUUCUAGAUUGAUUUAUUGAGGUUUUUGAAUUUUUUGAAAAGGAAAAUUCACUAUCAAAAUGAUAAUAGUGAAAUAUAUCAAAUAUUUGUGUGCAAUACAUGCCUGAAACGAAUGCAAACAAGCAUUCCCUAGUCAGUUGUUCCAAAUAAUGAGUUCAAGUAAAAAAAAGUAGCCUAACUGAGAACAUGAUGGAAUGAAAAUAUCCCAAAUAUUCUAAAUAGUGAAACAAAACAAUGUUGCUCUCGAAUAUGAAAGGCAAAAAACAAAACUAUGAAUGCUUUUGUUGGAAAUAAUAAUAGAAAAGUAUACACAUUUAAAUGCCGUUGAACGAUUUCACCGCACUACACCAAUUGCGGUCGCCCCGUUUGUAGGUUACAGUAGUAGCAGCACAGUAUUUGAGAACGGAGGACAGUCAAUCUUUUAUUAGAAUGUUGCGACCGGUUAAAAUAAUGCGACGUAUUGACUCAUUUUAACAAACAUACAAACUAACAAAGGCGAUUAUGUGACGAUAAAUGUGUAUAUGCAUAUGAUUGUUGAAUGUGUUACACCUUUGCAGUAGAGUCGCAAACCCAUUGCUAAAUAUAUACAGUGCAACACAGCAAGUUUACUGAUGUUUAUGAGCCACAAUCGUAACAGUACGACAUUCCGUAAAGAGAUGCUAUACAUAUACACAUAUAUAUUUACGUGUAGCAAAGGAAUAAAUGUAUGUAUUCUCAGCUAUUAUUACGCCUCCAACCGCAUGAAGCAGACUAUGGGUAAACCAAUAUAUAAAUUGCUGUAACAAAUCGUAACAGUGUAACAAUACAAAACAAAAACAUCGUAACAAAUAAAUGAACAGAUGCAACACUAUUUACUGCAUUGUGCGAAACGUCA